GGUGGAGGCGGUGGAGGACCGCCACCGCCUCGACCCAUUCCUGGUGGAGGUGGUGGAGCCGGGGGACCACCGGUUACUUUCGGUAGACCAGGCGGAGGGGGUGGUGGUGGUGGGCCUCGUGGACCACCAGUAACUGGUGGUAAUCCAGCAGAAGGCGGCCGUGGAGCACCGGUAACCGGAAUUAAUGAAGGACUGGCGGGAGCAGUGUCGACAAUGAGACUCGGCGCGGGUAGUUUGCCGGAUGUCGGUGGAGGAAUCGGCGCCUUUGGAUCAUUAAUCUGA